AGCAUGUUCAAGCUGCUCCCCUACUGGGCGGCCCAUGAGCCUGUCGAUAUGGUGGUUUGAUGUUGGAUGGAAAAUAAGAACCCCCCCACAACAAACAGAGGGCUGGAACAGAGAGACUGGAACAGAGAAAGAGAGGGUAGAAAGGGAAGAACCAUCGACAGAUGGACUCUGUUGUGAUUAAAGAUGGCGGCUGUCUUUACUGCAGACUAUGAAGGACUAUACUCGAUGCCUAGAAAAGCGGUGGGAGUAGUCUGCGAUUCAGCACAACAAAACCAAGAAGCACACAGUAAGAAGCAAAUGGAUUGCAGUGGCAAACCGUUAUGGCGUCAUUCUGCUUCAGCCAGGACUUUCCAUUUCAUAGGGGUGAGAAGGGCUUUACCUUUACGGAAGAAAUGUGUGUUGAGUAGCAAUACAAUGGAAUCUUCAAUAAAAGGAUGCACUACUGGAGGAUGCGUGAGGAAGUCAAUCAAACUCAAGGAGUUCUUUUGCAGUGGCAUAAGUAGAAUUCUGGAUCGAAUAGUUGUGCAGUGUGGGCUCUACGGGGACGUGGUAUAUGGAUGCUGGGACUAUGAGCAUAAGCGACAAACGGGGCUACUUAGCAGACCUAGGAGGCAGCUUCACUGAGGAUGCUCCCAGACCUCCUGUCCCCGGUGAAGAAGGAGAGCUCAUAUGCAGUGAUGGUCGCCAGCACAGCAACCUCGGCUUCUCCUCGAAGAAUGAGAGCCUCAAAUGUGAGCCGUCUGUGGCUACACCCAGGCGAUCUGACUUGGACCUGGGUUACGAGCCGGAGGGCAGCGCUUCGCCAACACCACCCUACUUAAAGUGGGCGGAAUCUCUUCAUUCUCUCCUGGAUGACCAGGAUGGCAUCCUGCUGUUUAGGACGUUCCUCAAGCAAGAGGAAUGCGCAGAUAUGUUGGACUUCUGGUUUGCCUGCAGUGGUUUUCGGAAACUUGAAGCCGGUGAGGUUACUGAGGAGAAGAAGGUGAAACUGGCAAAACUGAUAUACAAAAAAUACAUCCUGGACAACAAUGGGAUUGUCUCUAGACAAAUCAAACCAGCUACAAAGUCCUUCAUCAGAGACUGUGUGAUGAAGCUUCACAUUGAUCCUGCCAUGUUUGAUCAGGCUCAGACUGAGAUACAGACUAUGAUGGAGGAAAAUACCUAUCCAUUAUUCCUUAAAUCUGACCUUUAUUUGGAAUACACGCGGACAGGGGGUGAAAGCCCAAAGUUGUACACUGACCAGAGCUCGGUUUCUGGCAACGGAAAGGGGCUAUCGAGCUAUUUACCACCUUUAAAGGAGUAUGAGGAAUGGAGAUGCGACCAAGGACCAGAGGAGCUGCCUGAGUGUGACCCCACGCCAAGCAGCCGUCUUACUCAGAAGCUGCUGAUGGAGACGGCACAGCAGCGAGUUGCCAACAGCACAAGAUUCCAGGACAGUCACGAGUACAGGCAUGCACCAUGUCGGGAGACAAUCAACCCGUACUACGUCAACACUGGCCAUGUUAUGGCUCCUGCCACCAGCGCCAAUGACAGUGAGCAACAGAGCAUGUCCAGUGACGCAGACACCAUUUCCCUUACGGACAGCAGUGUAGAUGGGGUUCCACCCUACAGAUACCGCAAGCAGCAUCGCCGCGAGAUGCAUGAAAGUGCCAGAGCAAAUGGGCGAGUGCCACUACCUCAUAUUCCACGCCCAAACCGGAUUCCAAAGGAUAUACACGUGGAGCCAGAAAGGUUUGCUGCAGAGCUGAUCAGGAGACUGGAGGGUGUACUGAAGGAGAGGGAGGCUCAGGAGAAACUAGAGGAGCGACUGAAGAGAGUACAGUUGGAAGAGGAGGCUGACGAAGUCAUGAUGGCCACAGCAACAUCAUUAUCCAGUCACAGGUUCCCCCCUGGUGCUUAUUCACAGAAUUACAACCCCCGCUAUGCUGACAACACCUACAGCGGUCCUUUUGUCGGAGAUGCUCAUGAAGAAAACCCAGAGAGCAUCUUGGACGACCACGUGCAGCGAGUCAUGAAGACCCCGGGCUGCCAGUCGCCGGGAACCGGUCGUCAUUCUCCAAAGUUGCGCUCACCAGACGGUUUCCCAGGGAUAAAAGGGAUUGGGCUGCCAGGCCAGAGUAAACAUCCAUCCAGGCACGGUUUCAAGGGAGAAACUAGCCACUUGUACCACCACAAACACCAUAGCCACCACACAAGCGUGGGCAAGCCCAAAGAGCAGGUGGAGGCUGAUUUAGUCACGCAUGUGCAUGGGAGCUUUCCCUGGAGCAUCGAGUCAAGUCAUUACGGAUCAAAGUCUCGCAGCUAUGCAGACGGCAUGGGAUCCAACCCCAUGGAGUAUGCAGGCGGGAGAGGUGGCUCCCAGUGUAAAAGAGCAUUCAAGAGAGGUGAGGAAUUGCGGCCUUACGACAUGCCGGGGCCUGGAGAGGAGAUGGAGAAAAACCAGAAGAUCCUUUUGUGGCUGAUGGAAGGACAGAAAGAAAUGGUUCAACAUAAGAGAAGCCCAUAUGGGAGCACCACUGGGUCCAAAAGGACUGUUGGACAUGAAGGAUCCCGCCUCGGCUCAACAGAGCGGUCAGGGUCGAUGCAUCCGUGCAUCAGUGGCCAGCUGCGGAACAAUGUGCAUCCAUCUCACCCUUUCAUCCAGGAUCCCACCAUGCCGCCCAACCCAGCUCCCAGCCCCCUCAUUCAGCUGGAGGAGGUUUGCCGGCGACUCGAGGAGGAGAAGAUGAAGUCUGGAACAUUGCAGCCUAAGCAAAGACAUAAAGCUACUAAAAAGCAGCCAUGUGAAAACAUUACUGUGGCGUACUACUUCUGUGAGGAGCUGAUACCUUACAGGACUUCUGUCAAAGGGAGGGUUGUCACGCUGGGCCAGUUCAAAGAACUGCUAACAAAGAAAGGAAAUUACAGGUAUUAUUUCAAGAAGGUAAGCGAUGAGUUUGACUGUGGGGUGGUGUUUGAAGAGGUACGUGAAGAUGACGCUAUCCUGCCCAUCUUUGAGGAGAAGAUCAUUGGCAAAGUGGAAAAAGUUGACUAAAUUUUAAAGAAGAGAGAGCCGAGUAGCCAGCGUAUGAUGGACUGAGGAGAAAGUGGAUGGUGAAGAGGAAGUGCUUUACAAAGGAGAAUGGAUAAGGAGGAGAGAAAAAAGUGAUUCUGCAAAGAUGGAUCCAGAGUCAGAAGAUUACAGUAGUGGUCAUUGACUUCUGUAUCACGGCUGCAGUGAAGUUGGACUUGAAGAAGAAAGAUCUCAUUUUCUUCUUGGAGUGUAAUGUAGCAUUGUAAAGUUUACUAGAAAACAAGAACAAAAAGUGCUACUAAUGCUAUGUAUUUUUGAUAAUGACUUAUCAAAGGGUUUCCUUUCUAAAAUAACUGCACUUGUAAUUUUUAUAUGUAUUGAUACCAGAUGUGUACAGUUUGUGUUAAAAUACAGCAAAAAUUUUCUAUCUAUUUAAGUAUUUAAAUUGCUACUUUUAAACCUAAUUAAAGCUGAAGCGUUGCCCCUCGUGAAGACGAUCCGAAUCCUCGAUUGGGCUGAUUCUUGUUUUCUUUUUUUCAUUAAUUGUAAGAGCCCUCUGGAUGCUAAUGUUUGUGACUUUCAAAGUGCUUUUAAUACUUCGCUUAUCAGAACUUUAUUUAGAGGCAUUAAAUCAGACUGCUUGUUCGUUAUAUUAUAUACUACUGACUCGGUGUAGAGCUUCUAAAGAACCCAUUCCUGCAACCCAGUGCAGUAAUGUCACAUUUUAUUAAUGUAUUUAAAAAUAUAUUUCAAAAGUCCAAUACAGAACAGAUUAUAAUGUCUGUCUUAUGGCUCAGUCACACAUGAGUAAAAGUAGGACGGCAACCUUCUUGCAACUAGAAAAAACUGUCUGAUUGCACUGAAUUUGUUUGCUGUUGGACUGCAAGUAGUUAUGGCCACAAGCUGGUCCACCUUUUGGACCACCCUCAACCUGUGGGUGACCACUUUUGAUCUCCCCUGCCAUUUGAACAGGGCUAAGCAGUCACGAUUUGAGUUGGACUGACUGCAGUCACUCUUAGAUCAGCAAAGACUGACACAUAUCUGCCAUUUCAUUUAUAAAUGCAGACAGACUGCAAACAUAUUCCAGUCAUUCUGAGUCAGUCUUCCUGCCUUGCAUCGUUUUGCAUUAGGGGACUUGAUAGGUUGUCAAGCACCCAUGCUAUUUUGCAGUUAAAUUACUGUCCUGCAGAAACUAUGUCACUGUUUUUGGAGGAGUCUGUGUUUCAUAUCUGUGAGGUUCUGGCUGGACUGUGAAUGUAAGUAGUUAAUGUGAAUUUCUGUGUAUGUAGCUGGGAACAGAUUUUCUCUUUUUGGCGAUUUAUUGCGUGCCAACUUGACCCCAACGAAAGUUGCUUUAAAAACGGCAACUUACUGCAUCUGGUUGAAGCAACCGUUACCAAGGCAACAAGACCACAAGUUUAUUGCAUGUGGCUUCAAUUAUUUUUUUUGUCGCAGUCUCUCAGCCACUGUUUUCCCUGGUAUAGGUGACUGUAACAGAGAACAACCAUAUCCUCCAUACAUUUCACAAACAUGAGAUGCUCAAUAUAUAAUCCAGUAAAACAGUAACGCAGCUUUAUUGGGUUAAAUUCUGGUUUAUUGUAAACUGUAUUUUUCUGUUUUGCUGUAUCUGGCAUGUAAGUGUGGCUUAUUGCUAUGUUCUUUAAGACUUGUCCACUACAUUGCUUUUAUCCUAAAUUAGACUUAACAGGUGAAAAUGGAUGCAAUAAUAGUGAUGAAAAAGUUGUGAUUAAAAAUUCCAAGGUGAAUACCUAUGCAACUUGGUUUAUAAUUUUGGUUACUUGACAACAACAACAACAACAACAAAAAACAUUAGGUGUUUGCGUUUUUUAAGUCAACAUAAGCACAUUAAAUAGAAAAAAAUAUAUAAUUAAAGACUUCACAUAAGAACUGUCAGGCUAUAAAAAGUCAGUAUCAAUAAAUAAAAUAAAGCCAACAUUUGAAACGGCACGAGAUCUUUAAAGGUUUUGCAGAUUUUUCGUUCUAAUUAUUUAUUGACUUGUGUAAAACUGCUAUUGCCAGUUAAAAUUCUAACUUUUGCUUGUUUGAGGUAAACAAGUUUUAAUUUUUUUUUAAAGUUUGAAUUUUUAAGUUUUAAUUAUAGAAUCUAUUUGGACAUCUUGAUGCCAAAAAGCAUCUCAAUAUCAAUUUCAAGUUUAUUUUUUGUCUUUUCAACUUUGAGGUCCUUAGUUGGCUGGUAAAUUAAUAAGGGACUGCACUAAGAGCUCAUGUCUACUCGAUAGCCUGUUCUAGCUUAUAACAGUCACAUAUUGUGCCUGACAGGACAUGUUUAUUGAUGUUUAGUAAAUUUGUGAGGGACACGUUAAACCAAAGAGGAGGAAAAGGAGGCAAAUGCUCAUAAAUGUUAAAGUCUUAUUUCCAAAAUAGCUGUAAAUGAAAGCCUACAGCAUUGAUUUGAUUUCAGCAACUUGUUUCAAAAAAGGUGGGACAGUUUCAUAAUAUACAAACAUGUAAAAUGUAUUAUCCAAGUAACAGGGUUUAAAACAUUUAGGCUUGAAUAUAUUUGAAUAAUACGAUUUUACUACAGUAGUUAUGGUGUUUUUCCACCUGUUUGUAUUUUCUGACUUUUUUUAAUUUGACACCAGGUUUAUACUGAAAUAUCUCACACAACAAAAGUCAGCUAGGGUAUCUAAGGUGACAUUAAGAUUCGAGGCCUCCAUGUUUUAUUUUUUCUUAUUUUCUGUUCUUCCUCAUUGUGCUGAAGCAGUGUGCUAUAAUGAGUGUGCAUUCCUUUGUAAUGGAAAGACCGGUGGGCCUUGAAUUCAAAGUGCUGUAUUGUGUGCGUUGUUGCGUGGAACCUUGUGUAAAGAAUGCCUGCUUUUUUUUCUUGACAUGCUGCUUUUUUUAGAUUUCUAAUUUAAGUUUAAUAUAUGAAGUGCAUUAGCCUUCUGUUGUCGUUUGCCUGGUAAAUUGUGCAUUUAACAAAUUGAAAUUCCCAUUUAUUGUUUCUUUUAAAAUAUCAACUCUAUCAUCAGUCUUACUGUAAAAGUCCCAGAAGUGAACUUCUCUUAUUUAAGAUCAGUAUGUGCAUAACAAACAGCAGAGUGCCUUUAUUGCUAUGCUAAUGAUGUCUUUAGUGUAACUUUCAGAGGGAUAUGGGGACGAGCUUUAAUUUUGCAUUGCCAUGAGUUUAAUUCAGUAUUUGUAACAGUUCCACCUUUUAAUGUAAAUAUGUAAAACUUAAAUUGCCCCUGACCAGCAGCCCAAUCAUCACAUUCAGUACCUUGGACUGGUUUCUGUUCAAUGACUGGCAUGGGAACCAUUCGAGGUACCAAUAAAUACUUGCAAUAAAAAAGCACUUGUGUUCAAUA